AUGGAGGCAGCAGCAGCGACAGAGGCGUCUCUCCGUGCUGCUUCUGCUGCAUUUAGUAAAACAUCUAAGAGGCCCUUUAGAGGGUUUCAGGGCCUCAGCAGCAUCAGCAACAGCAGCAGCAGAAGCAACAGCAGCAGCAGGUGCAGCAGGAGCAGCAGUUGCAGAAGCAGAAGUAGCAGCACUCGGGUGCUGCUGCUGCUGCCGCUGCUUUUUCUAGGCGUUGUGCUGCUGCAGCCUGAACCAGUGAACAGCAGAGUGUUGUUUGUGUCUCCUCGAGGGGGCCCCUUAUUAUCUUUUUCUGUCUCUCUAGAUGCAGAGUUUGCUCCUUGGGGGCCUCCAAUAGAAGAGGUAGUAGGUCAACUCGUAUAUAAAGGCAGCAGCUGCACUGCAGCAGAUCCAACGCUGCUUGCAUUUUCUUACCUAGACUUCCGAACAAAGCUGCUGCAGCUGUCUCCUUUAGAGACACUUAAAGGCCUAGCAGCAAAACUGCUACCUACCAAACGGACCUCCCCUGCUGCUGCUGCUGCUGAUACUGAUCCGGGGGCUGCUGCUCCUGUUCCUGCUGCUGUUGCUGCUGCUGCUGAGGGGAUACAGCCAGGAGGUGCGGGGCCUGAUGCUUUGGCAGCAGUAGCAGCAGCAGCAAAAGCAGAAGCGGAAGCAGCAGCAGCAAGCCCUGCAACAAAAGGAGACAGCUGGCGAUGGGCUAUGCAGCGGACGAGGAGACUGCGGAGAGACAGUUUAAGUUUGCUGCUUCCUUUUAUUUCUUCAUUUCUUCUUCGUGCUCUUUGUAAUGAUGGGGCCCCCUUAAGAAGAGCAGAGGGCCCAUCGGUCUCUGCUGCUGCUCUGCUAGGGCAGCAGCAGCUGCAGCAGCAGCAGCAGCAGCAGCAGCAAGAGCAGCAGCAGGAGCAUUUGGCUACCUCUUCCUCCUCUUCUUCCGCAGCAACAGCAGCAGGAGCAGCAGGAUUUGCUGCUGCAGCAGAAGAGACAGACAAGGAGACAUUAAAAGGUCUUUCUUUGCGAGGUGGAAGGCUGCGAGGAGGAGAGACAAACAAAAGAAUAUGGAUGUUUGGGCGCUGCAGCGAAGAAGAGCUGCUGCAGCUUAUAAGAGCAGCAAACAACUCGGGUGUUGCUGCUUUGCUGCUGACUGAUACCCCCUUUCGCGACUAUGCUUUACCGCUGCUGGGGAACGCCUUUGCUCCUAAGCCCUUGAUGCCUGUAGUAUCCCUUCCAGAUGGUUUGCUGCUGCAGCAGGUGAAGCAGCGCGCAGCAGCAGCAGCAGCAGCAGGAGCAGAUCCACUAUACGCCCUCGUUGAUCACCUCCCUUCUAAGGGAGCAGACUGUGGGGCCCAGCAGCCGCUGCUGCUAGUAGCGCUGCUGUCUCUACCUUUGUGGUGUCUCCUUACGUGGAGAGCGCAGCAAGAUUGUAGAGGAGCAGCAGCACGAGAUGCAACAGCGCUGCAUCGAUUGCUGCUGCUGCCGCCAGCUUUUAAAGCUGCUGCUGCUGCUGCUCAGGUUGUCUUCUUGCUGCAGUGUCCCUCUUGGUCUUCUCCAGCUUCUGAAUAUGUUGCAGUUGCUCUUCUUAUAUGUGAAACCCUCUUCAAUACUUUCUUUGCUGCCUGUCUCCUUCUAAUAAGCAAGGGGUAUCUGCUAACAAGAGAGACAAUAAACAACAGAGAAAGCCUUACCCUCGCCCUGCUUCUGCGGCUAGAGUUCGUGAGGGCAGCGGGUUUAAAUGAACUGCAGGCAGCGCUGGAGGUGAAGGAGGAGAUGUUCCGUGUGCAUGCAUCUGAAGAGCAGCAAUCAGUGCUGCCUCUGUACUCUGUUGCACCUCUGCUGCAGCGAGGUGAAGGGGACAGCGUGUGGGGCGCAGGAGCUUCCCCAUCAGGCGCAGCAGCAGCAACAGCAACAACAACAGCAGCAGCAGCAGCAGGGUCUCCUUCUUUUACUUUCUCAGAGACACUUAGAGAAGACUUUCCUAUUGUUAUACUAAACCCCUCGCCUCCGGGGGGCCCCAGGGCCUCCGCCUAUAAGGGCCUCGCUGUGGGCACGCUGAUAGCUCCGAGCAACCCCUAA